AUGGCCGCCUUGGCGCGCGAGCCAUUCUACGGCGCGCCGCGCAGGGCUAGCGAGGGUGCGCCGGGCGAUCUGAGCGAGUAUGUCGAGGCGCUGGAGCGCAUGGCGCGGGAGGAGGAGCAUAAGAGUGCGAACGUCGCGAAUCGCACGGACGCCGCCCGCUGGCGCGUCAAGGAGCUGCUCGCGGCCGCACGGCGUGCGGAGCGCAUCGCGCGCGAGCAGGGAAGCGGGGAGGAUGCUCGGCGGCUUGCAGGUGUGUGUGAUGCGGUCGAGAGUCUCGCAGGGACCAUGCCGCGCUCGAAACGUGCACGGGGCAUGGACGAAUACUGGGACGACUACCUGUAUGCGGGACUAGAGGCACGGAGCAAAGACCAGAGCACGGACGACGAUGCGCCGGCGGCCGAUGCGCCGAGCGAUGCGGCGCUCAAAGAAGAGUACGGCGCGAGAGCCCCGUCUGCCGCCCCCCCCACCCCGUCGCCCGUGUCGCCCGCUGCGCCGUCGGAAAAGGCGGCGGAGCCUACGCUACAGUCCGACGCGCAAGUGCACGAUGCGCUCUCGUCCGAGCUGCUGCGCAUGGCCGGCGUCCUGAAGCGCAACACAGCCGCGUUUGGCGAUGCCCUGGAGCGUGAUCGCGUGCUGGUCGAGCAGGCCGGCUCGCGCUUGGACCAGAAUCUGUCGCUCAUGACGCGUACACGCGGCCAGCUCGGCGUCUUUUCCAAGAAAGCGCGGAGCAUGGGCUGGUUCACCAUCCUGUCCAUGGCGAUGGUGUUUGUGAGCUGGGUGGUGAUGUAUAUAGUGAUCCGGUUGACCUAG